CGAGCAAUGUUGAUAUACUUUUCUAUAAUUAGUAAGACUAUUACUCAUCUUCAUUCUAAGUUUUUGUUAUUAACAAGUACAAAAAUCGAAAUUGUUUCCUUUCUCAUAAGUUACAUGAUAUAAUUAUCAUAAAAGAACAAUGCUUUGUUAUUACAAUCCAAACAAAGAAGCUGUAAAACAAAGAAAGUAGUUUAGACAAAAACUCUGCUACAGAUUAUCAAUAUGACAGCGGCAUCGGAAGAUUGACUGAUUUAGCUAAGUACAUUCUACGUAAGUUAUUUAGUGAAUCAGAUUCCUGGAAGCCACUGCUAUUCUUUUCAUAGUAUAGAAGUAUCCAUUCCUACGUGCAGUUCAUAAUCACGUACUCUCAUUUUUUCCACUAAUUUUUCGUACUCUCAUAAAGAGUGACAUUUUAUCUGUAACACCAGAUAACAGAUAAUACAGUUGUGAUUAACACCAUAUUUAAAGCAGCAUCGCUGGCGGUGUAACUCAGCUCUAGGAUUUGUCCUUUACCAUUACUUUAAAUUGGACUAUACGACAAACAACUUAAACAUUUAAUGGUUUGCUCGAGCGGAAUUGAAAACAAUAUGUCAAACCAACAACUUGUUUUAGUCACCGGUGUUACUGGGUUCAUCGGAGCCCAUGUUGCUGUCUCUUUACUCAAAAAGGGUUAUCGUGUGCGCGGUACUGUCCGUAGCAUGGAAAAGGCAAACGAAUUGAUUCGUUUGAACCCGGAGCUUAAGGACAAGAUUGAGUUUGUAAUCGUCAAAGACAUUACGGAACCCUAUGCCUUUAAGGAUGUUGUCAAGGAUUGCGACUAUAUUUGCCAUGUUGCUUCUCCUUUCUUCAUUUCAAACGUCACUGACAACAAGACCCAACUCUUGGAUCCCGCUGUCCAAGGUACCCUCAGUGCCUUGGAAGCCGCCAUCACUGAGCCCAAGGUCAAGCGUGUUGUCAUCACUUCUUCUUUUGCUGCUGUCGGUGACUACACCAAGGAUCCCUCCAGUGGCUACGUCUACAGUGAGAAGGACUGGAACCCCAUUUCUUAUGAGGAAGCUCUCAAGACCGAAAGUGGUCUUCUCGCGUACUGUGCUUCUAAAGUAUUUGCUGAAAAGGCUGCUCGUGAAUGGGUUAAAGAAAAGCAACCUCACUUCGAUAUCUGCACUAUUAACCCUUCUUACGUCUUUGGACCUACCAUCCAUCCCAUGAACAGCAUGGAGUCUUUGAACACUUCUAAUCAAAUUCUCUGGACUAUCAUCAAUGGUUCCAAGAUUCAACCUUCUACACAAGGUUUCGAAACCGAUGUUCGUGAUGUUGCCGAUGCACAUGUUUUAGCUCUCAACCACCCUAAAUUAAGCGGUGGCCGUAUGCUUAUCCCCCAAGGUCCAUUCUUCACAAACACCAUGAGCAAGAUUCUUCUCGAGAAGUUCCCUGAGAAGAAGGAUGUUAUUUCCGACCCUUCCGAUGUUCCUUUUGACACCAAACGCUUCACAAUCGAUAACUCUUUCUCUAAAUCUGUUGGUAUGAAAUAUUACUCCGAAGAGCAAACCUACAUUGAUACUGCCACAAACCUCUGGGAACGUGCUAAGCAGUUUCAAGAAAACAAUUAAACUCAAUUUAAAUAAACUAAUAUAGAUUGUAUCUCAUUUUAUUUCAGCUGUUUUCUAGAUAGUCACCUUUAAUAUAUACGAUCUAUAGUGACUUGAAGACGAACAACCGGACUUUAUUGACUGUAAAUGAAUGAUUCUCUCAUUUUCCUAUGGC